AUAAUCUUACUGGAAAUUCAUCACGUUCCUUCCUUAGCAAUAUCUUACAAUUCGUGUGGAUUCCCGUUCGCUGUUUCAGUGAUUUGUUGUUCUCCGCUUUCGCUUUUGGUUUCGGCUAACCAGGAAAUGUCGGAAACCUUAUCGAGAGGACCGUCAGUAUGAUGUAAUCCUGAGACAGACUUAACACAAUGACGACCAAGCUAACGCAGACCCACACGGAUCAACUUUCCAAAUGGAUUGACCCGUCAAAAAGCCAUGCGUUUACUUUACUGUACAAGAUCAGCCGUGACGGAUUUAACGCUCAGACUUUCUAUCGUUACUGUGACAACAAAGAGUCGACCGUCACCGUCCUGUACAAUACAAAUAACUCAGUGUGCGGAGCGUACACAGCUGCCAACUGGAAUUCCAACAGUUCAUGUAUCACCGAUGCAUAUGCAUUCUUGUUUAGGCUAGAGUAUAACGGUACAGCACAGCCGAUGAAGUUUCCUAACACAAGUAGAGGCGGCACAAACGCGAUUUACGGGGAUGCAGGUUAUUGGCCAACAUUUGGAUGUGGGCAUGACUUGCACUGCUUCAGUGGAACUGUAAAUAGAUCCGGUAAUUAUUUCCGAUUGAAUGGUUCUGCCAGUAUAGGCUAUACGUACAACAUGCAGGGACAAAACUACAACACUGUGAUGAACGGUCAUCUACAAGUCCUGAAUCUGGAAGUUUACAGUGUUCGAGAGAAAGAAGUGAAGGAACAGAUAGAGGAAGAAGAAUUACUGCAAAGUAAGAAAAAAAAACAGAUCAUGGAAAAGCCAUGGAUGCGUAAUAUCGACUGGAGUUCCUCCUUUGGGAAAGAGAUAAAGAGCAAAGUGGCCACCUAUAAACCAUUAUCCGGACUAGAUCUCCAGCAGGCGAGGAUCCUGUUGGUCGGUCAGGUCGGAUCUGGGAAGUCCAGCUACUUCAACACCAUCAACUCCAUCUUCCGGGGACACAUCAGCGCCCAGGCCAACGCUGGCAGCGCUGAACAUAGUCUUACAACAUCUUACAGGACAUAUCAGGUAAUGGACGGAUAUGCUGGGAAACCUCUCAACUUUCGGUUAUGCGACACACGUGGUCUUGAGGAAGACCAAGGUCUUGAUGAUCACGAUAUUGACUAUCUACUUGAGGGUCACGUGCCAGACAGGUACAAGUUCAACCCUGCUGUUCCACUAUCGCCAGACGAACCUGGGUUUGUGAAGAACCCGACAUUGUCCGAUAGAAUCCACUGUGUUGCAUUUGUCCUGGAUGGUAGUACUGUGGAUGUCAUCCCACAGAAAGUGAUGAAGCGAAUCAAGUCCAUGCAAUUGCGAAUGAAUCAGAGAGGGAUUCCCCAGGUUGUGCUUCUGACGAAAAUCGACACAAUAUGUGAGGAGAUCUCAAAUGACAUCAGCAAAGUGUUUUUCAGUCCAAGGAUGAACGACUGUGUGGACAGGGUCGCCAUGGUCAUGGGGCUGCCCAGGUCGCACAUACUUCCUGUCAAAAACUACGAAUGUGAGGUAGAGCUUGAUCAGAACAUUAACAUUCUGUCACUUCUCAGCCUCAGACGAAUUCUCAAUUUCGCUGACGACAACCUGUACAACGAACUGAAUGAGAUUAAGGCUGGCAAGACGUAUAGAUUAAGUAUAGUUUUGAUAUUGUUGUUUAUAUCUUUUUACUCAUUUGUGGCGAUACUGAUAUAAAGGUCCGCUUUAACAGUUAGGUGACCGCACUAUUCACCAAAAAAUUAGUGCGUACAAUAUUGUUAUCAACAAAACGUGGAGUUAAGAGGAGUUUAAUAACCAUUGGUAUUUGACAGUAAUUUACGGAGUUACGUCCCUUUUUUUCAAUUGCUGAAAUCAAUUGCUCGAUAUGUCGAGUAUUUUGCAACGUAUUUAAUUCAAACAUCAUAGAAAAGAUAAUUGCCAAAAGAGCUCGAAUAAUUUCAAUAAUCAUUAUUAUCAGACACAGUUUUCUGAGUAAUGCCCCUUUAUUUAAUUGCUGAACAGUGCCCCUUGAUGUAUCGAGUAAUUUACAAUGAAUUAACCACAAGCUCCAUAGGAAUUAUAACUACAUAUGUACCAUGAGUUCUCAAAAAAACCACAAUUAUCUACAAAUGUAACUGUAAUUUACUGAGGUAUGCCAAUUUAAUCACUUACUGAACAGUGUCCCCUCGAUAAACAUAUUUCGAGUUAUUUACAAUGGAUUUACUACAUACUUCAUAUGAGGUUAUUGGCCAUGAUAGCUUGGUUGGAUAAGCACUAUCAUCUGAUUGCAAUUUACGGUGUUAACCCCUUUACGUUAAUUAUUUUGACCAGUACUAUUUGAGGCUUAAUCAUCGUAACAUUUUUUCAAAGUGAUUAGCGGUGCAAGUUAUCGAAUAACGUCUCUAAAUUCAGCAAACGCUGACCGUCCACGAUCCCUAGCCCUCGAGUACUUGGUCACGGGUUCGAGGCCUACGUAUGGCCGUCGCAAGAUAAUGACCGCAGGUCGGUAAUUUUUCUCUGGGUACUUCGGUUUUCCUCCACCACCGAAACCUCGCACGUCCUUAAAUGACCAUAACAGUUAUUAGGACGUAAACACAAACAAUCAUAAAUUCUUGUACUGUCAUCACGAACGUAUCAAGCUGAAGCAGUGACCAAAAACGAUGGAUCCAACGAGGUUACUCAUUUUACAUAAUGUCUUCAAUGCAAUCAUUUAUUUAAUCCAGAAUAUUUCGAAAAUAUUUAAUAGAUUCACUUUAUAUUUAGGUUUGAUGUGGACGACAUCAAUACGCAUAUUUUUUGCAGGAAACAUUUUGAUCUGACCAGGUCAAAUUUUGAGUUGUAUUUAGGGUUCAAUUUUCAUGUUUGUUAUUUCAGGGUAACAACUUAAAAAAGUUUUUUCUAACGUUCUACAAGGUUUAGGGUCUUGCUAUCUAAUAUGUAACAUGCUCAGGUAAUAAGCAAUCAAGUAAGUAAAACAGAUUGACUUUAAUAAAUUUUCAAGAUCGCAGAGGUCAAAUGAAUAAAAAAGUUCAGAUUUCUGUAAACCAGAAUUUUUAAAAUAGUUUAAGGUAUUUACAAUAUAUUCUGGUGCGAUGUGCAGAACGCCAAUGCACAUAUUUAUUUUCAUGAAUUUUUUUUGUGCCAAAGGUAAAUUUUCGGUUUUCGAUAGGGGUCAAAUUUCAAAUGUGCUAUUUCAAGAUAGCAUCUUUGAAACAAAAACUUCUCCUGAAGUCCUACAACGCCAGAGUCUUGAUACUGUAUUUAAAAUAGGAAGAGGACAAGGUUCGUAAUAUUUAGCAAAGAGAAUUCAUAAAUGAAGAUAUUUAACGUGAUUUAAAUGAAUUACCUUCAAAUACAUUAAAUGUGAAUUUAACAAUGACUGCCAAAAUUCAACUUACAAUUUACAAUUUUGGAAUUAUUUCAAUACUUUCAGUACUUUGAUUUUUAUUAACGAAAAAUAGAGCUUACUUUCAGUAGUAUGGUUUACAUAAAGCUUUUUUCUUCACAGAGGGUUAAGACCAUGAUGUUCAACAAGGGUUUGUAAUCAAAGACCAAAUCAGUCCUAACAGUGAAAUGCCCGUCAAAUUCUUAUAAAAAAAAAUAUGUUCUACUACUUGAUGUGAGUUUUUUUUUAUAAAUGUUCAGUACUAUAUGCAUUUGUCCUAUAUUAUACAAUGAUUUCAAUGUAAUAACAGUUUUCAUUAGUUUAUUACCAUCGAUUAUUGGACGAUAGACCAUGAGUGCGCGUGAAUUAUUUUCCAACCGACCAACGCUCUCUAAAAAUCAAAAUCAAAUGCAUCGGUAAACAAGUAAGUCGCAGAAUAGGUUUUAUUUGUCAAAUGAGGCCGGGUAUCUGUAAUUAAUUUUGUAUGUAUUUGAAGUUUUGCUAAUGUUCAAACAGAGAAAUCUAUUUGACCUCUAAAUCUAAUUAAAACCUGUCAAGCUCAUGGUCAGAAUGUUCCGCUGCACUGACUGCGAAGGUGAUUUGAAAUAGUGUUUGCAAAUGAUUUUAUGAGUGACGAGCAAUGUCGAUAUAGAUUGGUGGCUUUGAUUGAUUGCAAUAAACAUCUGGCAUAAAGCA